CAGUACUGCUAGUCGCUCCGGUCCAGGCUCCGUUCAUCACACGAGCCCUACGUUGCCACCGACGAACGCGAGGGAUCUUGGAAUCGAGUUUAAUCUCUGUUGUUGAGGAGUGAACGCUGCUUGGAAGUUAGUCUUAUGAAAUAUGUUCCUUCCUGACAGAGGAGAUCUCGUUACUCUUCACCCUUCGACAGAAAGUAGGAGCUACCUUGAAGUUUCCCAAGGUGUUUCCGUAGAUGUUCGCUUUGAUGGUUUUAGGAAGCAGAAAAAGCGCCAAGCCUUAUCAAAUUUUAUAACAGAUUGUAAAAACACCGAGCAACGUUAGAUCCAGAAUUUGUCAAAACGAGGAUUUAGUGAACAGGAACUGAUGUGAAAAUUCCCCGCUGAUUCUUCUUCAGGAAUUGCGGAACUGAAGCGAGCGUAAAGGUGCAGGCGCUCUCAACCUGCAAAGCAGCGAAACAAAAUGUUUUGUUUUACGAUUAGGUGAUCAAAUUACCCUCUUGGGCACACCCGCUGAGAGGAAUUCUGUAGCGUCUAUUUAUUUGUGAAAUGUAUCGCACCUGUACGUGCGGAUGACACGUGGAGCUUCGCAAUUGUCCACCCACCCGAAUAUACACCAACCUACGGUCACGAAAAGUGUAUAUCUUAGCCGAUCAUCACAACAUCACGUUUGUCGCUUCUUUUCAGAUCGAUUGUGAAGUCUGAGGUUUCCUCUUCGGUUCGAGCAGUUUCAGGGAUAUCGUUCAUGCACAACUGUCUGAUUAAGCGGCUAUAGUGUUUGCAAGGAUAACGGUCUUCUGUGUCCCGUGGAUUAGUGCUGGAUUAGUACUAUGCUCGGCUACUGAGCUAUCGUGGGAAUGAUCCACUGGAAUCAGUCUUUAUCGUGUGUUUGUGUGACUAUACGAAGCGAUAAUGCCACGGUAUGGAAAGAGGAAGGACAGCGCAAUCAGGACCCUCGUAGCAGAGACGCUGGUUCUGGCCAAGACUCACGGCUAUGUGGAGAAGAUCGAGAACGAGCUGGAGGAAGAGCUCAGAAGAGAUCAAAAGGAGCCGCCAAAGCAAAUAGUAGCCAGAUGGCGGAGAGACGGGGAACGGAUCCUCAAGAGCAAGUACAUGCUUCUCACCGUAGUGCUCUUCUGUGUCACUGACUGUGCCCUUGUCCUCGGAGAGCUCAUACUUGACCUUCAUAAGGUCAAAGAUUCGCUGGAAAGGUCGGAGGGGAAGAUAAGUGAGUUUGUUGCAGAGUUGCAUAGACAAUAUCCGGAUACCAUUGCUGAAGAAGACAACAAUGACAAGAUUUUUGAAAAACUCCUUCAGUCGAAUAUUUAUUGGAAUGAAAGGAUAUUAAACAUUAGCAGUUAUUCUACGCCUACAUAUGUCCCGAGAAAUGUCACACGUGUAAGAAGGAACAGUGGACGUGGGAGCUAUACCGUGCAUACAAACUCAUCUGGGUGGCCACAGACUCAGAAUAGUAGGCAUUCACGGAGCAUAUCGGAGCAUCGCGUGGAGGAUGAUAUCGCCCAUGCAUUCCACCUGGCCAGCAUCACAAUACUGGCGCUACUGGUCUUUGAGACUUUCCUAAAGGCAAUAUGUGUCGGCACGCCGUUCUGCCAUCGUAAACUAGAAGGUUGUAUGUUUCAGGUGUUUGAUGCCUUUAUCGUCAUCGUGUCUUUUGUCGUGGAUCUGGUGUUCCUCAAUCGCCUCCCCAACUACAAGAUCCAGGACUUCGUCUUCAUCCUGGCCUUCCUCCUGCCAUGGAGGGUUAUACGAGUUGUCAACAGUUUGGUGGUUGCUGUGAAAGAUCACGAGCACUUCCGGUUGAAGCUUGUGUAUAGCCGGAAGAAGAAAAUACAGAACAGCCUGAGGGACACAGAGAUUAAACUGCAAAUAUUUAGGUCCCAAUGCAACGCUUUACGUAAACUAUGCAUCACUGAGGGGGUGGAUGAGUGGAGGGUGGAACAGCUUCUUCGUAUUGACGAAUACGUCGUCAACAAGGCAGGGAAGAGCAAGUGCAAGAUUAAGAUAGACAAUGCCUCUGUGAUACUCUUGGAUGACCGGAGGGAUUUUCCUCGGUUAUCUCCCCGCCCGUCACUCUCCAAUCUCUCGGAGGCGCGCCUGCGCGGAAGCCUGGUUCCAACCAUCGAAGAGGAAGACUCCCUCAGCCCGGAUAAGUCGGAGAUCGAGGAGAUCAAGGAAAGCAAGGAGAAGAAGGUUAAAUCAGGGAAAGAAAUGAAUGGAAUAGGCACAAGUGAUGGCAAAUCCAGUGUAUAAUGAAUGCGAAACUCUAGCUAAACCGUGAUACAAUUAUAAAGGCAGAAUAUGUGUCCCUU